UGGCAGCAUAAAGAUAGCCUUUGUUUCUUCUUCCUUUUCCCCACUUUCCUUUUUCUUCUUUUUAAGGCAAAAGCAACAACAAUCAAAGAAGCCCUGUCCAGAUGGGAAGAGAAGACUGGUCAGAGGCCGUCUGAUGCCAGAGAGAUAAAGCUGUAUGCCCAGAUCCCCCCGAUAGAGAAGAUGGACGCGUCUUUAUCCACACUUUCUAACUGCGAGAAGCUUUCCCUGUCCACAAACUGCAUUGAAAAAAUUGCCAACCUGAACGGCUUAAAAAACUUGAGGAUUUUGUCCUUAGGAAGAAACAACAUAAAGAAUCUCAAUGGACUGGAAGCAGUAGGAGAGACAUUAGAAGAACUGUGGAUCUCCUACAAUUUUAUUGAGAAGUUGAAAGGGAUCCAUGUAAUGAAGAAACUGAAGAUUCUCUACAUGUCUAAUAACCUGGUAAAAGACUGGGCUGAAUUUGUGAAGCUGGCAGAGCUGCCGUGCCUGGAAGACCUGGUGUUCGUAGGCAAUCCCCUGGAGGAGAAGCACUCUUCUGAGGGCAACUGGAUCGAUGAAGCAACCAAGAGAGUGCCUAAGCUGAAAAAGCUGGAUGGUACUCCAGUAAUUAAGGAAGAUGAUGAAGAUGAAGGCUAAGGCCAUACUUUACACUUUGUUAAUUUAUUUAAAUGUUAUGAGAACAAUAGAUAAUGUUUUGUAUAAUUGUCUAUUUUAAAGAUUUUGUGAGGGUACAGUUCUUAAGAUAAAACACAUCUCUCACUUCCAUCCUUUAAAAACCCUAUUCAGUGUUUCUCCCUCAAACCAGCAGCACUGACUCUGUGCAGUCCACCUUUGGAAACUAUCAAUUUCCUGGUUUUAUCCAGUCAUGGACCACAUCACUUGUCUCCUAAAAUUUACACACCAGUCAUUUCUAACAGCAGAAGGACCUGUUAUCUGUACUCAGUUGUUUAGUAUUUUUUUUUUAGGCCAGGCAAUGUAAAGGUAUAUUUUUAAGUCUGUAAAUGUUCAUGUCCUUAAAACUCAGAAGCACAAAUUCAUCUCCCCAAUGGCUCAGAAGGCAGUGUGGGCAUGGGAAGCCUUCCUGUUAGAACCACACAACUGUACCUACAACCAAUUCCUGUUAGAACCACACAACUGUACCUACAACCAAUUCCUGCUGUACCUACAACCAAUUCCUGUUAGAACAACACAACUGUACCUACAACCAAUUCCUGUUAGAACAACACAACUGUACCUACAACCGAGAGUCCAGUGGAGACACUGGUGAAAAAAGGAAGAGUGACUCGGCUCCUGGUAUAGUUACUUCUUUUUUCCAAAAAUAUGUGCACUGUCAACUGGAAUUUAGAUUGUGCUAUGUGGAUAGUCACUUGAGUCAUUAUGUUCAACCAGACACCCUGUGAUCCCCAUCAGUGGCUAAUGCAACUGGCAUGGUCUGUCCUUUGAUGGUAAUGUGACAUUAACUCUUGUGGACCUUGCCUUAUGCAGAUUAUAAAAAAUAAUUUCUCGUAUGUUUAAAGCAGUAGUCAAUAGUUCUAAGUAUCUACCCCUGAGAUUUGUAAAAACUUUUCCCUAAUAAUUUAGCCCAAUGCCCUUUCCUUUAUGGCUAUAAGGGUACAGACUUAAAAGACUGAAUUUGGUACCUCUAAAUAAAUGAGAUAGUUUUUCAAAAUAUAUUUUUGAGAGGAUCUAAGUUAAACAGCUCUUAAAGUGUAUCAUGUAAGUGGUGCUGAGGGGAGAGAGAGAUGUUGUGGGAUGGAUCCCAGGCAAAUGGCAGUAUGAUGGAGACUGUUUCCUGUGGAACACUAGGUGUCUUAACCUCCCGUCUGCAAAACAUAGUUAGGUGUGGAGAUUAUGAUUUAUCAUGUAAGACAAAUAUUCUGAAAAGUGUCAAACAUCAUAAGCACCAGAUGAAGUCUUUAGUGGGCUAUGAUGGAAGCAUCAACUUCAGAAAAGAAGUCAGGACCCCCUGCCAAAUUGUGCCUAAAGUCUCAGCAGAGGCUGCUGGUUCCUGUUCCCAUCUCCAUGGGAUUCUUUUGUAAGCAACCACAGUGAAAGAGGAAAGUCAUUCUUUUUAAAGAUUGCAUAAGUAGUCUUGAUUUGAGAAACUGAACAGCUAUCAUUUCAGGAAGAAUGACUUUAUUCCUCUAAGAGUCAAACUGAUCAAAAGGGACCACUGCUUUGACAAUCAACUCUAAAUCCAAACAAGAAUGCCUAGUCCUGGGCUGCAGACAGCUCAGAGGCUGAGAGCACUUGCUCAGGACCAGAGUUUGCUUCCCAGCACCCAUGUGGAGGUUCACAACAGCCUGGAACUCCAGGGGAUUCUAUGCCCCUUUGGGCCUCUGGGGAUAUCAGGCACACAUUACACAGACAUACAUGGAGGCUAAACACUCAUACACAUGAACUAAUAUAUUUUUAAAAAGAAUACCUAGUCUAAUACCUUAUAUGCUUCUUUUAAGCUUUUCUGAUGGGAAGAAACUUUAUGCUGUCACUGAGCUUAAACAUUCAAAACCAUUGGCAUUUCUAUUGUGAGCCACAGGGAUAAGACUUCAUUCUCCUUGGUGAUGCAGACACUUAUAAACUGGGAGGAAACACUCUUAUUAUUUGUAGUUUGAACAAGGCAAGCCCUGUUACUAUGUAUGGCUAUACUUUCUGAAAGGUACCCUGGGAGUGAGUAUGGGAAGUAGAUGACUUCGUGCUGGAUCUAUGAAAUGAUUUACAGUAAAAGUGUUAGUUUGUUUUUUUUUUUUUUCAAAUUCUGUAAUUGGGAAAUGCCCCUCCCCCAUUUCUUAAUGUCAUUUAAUCAGUGGUUCUCAGAGAUGUGUAAGGUGCUUUUCUGUGUCCAUGUCUCACAAAAAUCACUUUUGGCUCUUCUCCACAAAUAUUGGAACGAUUUUGAUGCAUCUCUGUUUCUGGAAUUAAAGCCAAAUGCACUCAAUUAGGAAAUGGAACGGAAGGCUGGAUAUACGAGAAAGUUAAGCAUAUUCUCCCUUAAGUCAUCUGUUACUUUGGAAAAAUGUAGUUUAUAGAGGGUGCAUUUGGCUUAUGCUGUUCAGAUUGGAGACUGGACCACCUCAGAAUAGAUGCUUCCUGUGUUCACAUGAACUUUUGCUGUUCUGUUGAAUCGCUGUAGAGUGCUGGAAUCAGCCCAGUAUUUUUAUUUUUUCACAGUCAAUAUGAUGUUGGUAGAUCAGAAUUCUACUUUCUGUGUUUUCUAAUGCUGAGCUAAUGGCCAUAUUCUCUAGCCAGGCCUUGGAAGGCUUUUGUGCUCUCUGCUACCUGCAACAGAGGGCCUCAGUACCGGCACUGUUUACAUUUGGAUUGCAUAACCCACUGUUGUGGGCUGUGUAUUGUAGGCUGUUUAGCCACAACCCUGUCUCCUACUCCCUAGAUACCAGCAGCUCCUCCUCUCUAGUUACGAUAACAAAAGAUGGCUCCAAACAUUGCCCACUCUUCCCCGGAGUGGGGGAGGAGGGGUGACACAGACACAACCCAGUUUCUUGUAACAUUCCUCUGUCUGGGCUUUGUUCACUUUAACCCUGUGUAGUCCGGUGCUGGUAGAAUUAUUGUGAGAAAGUGACAUCUUUUCCCACCAUGACUGGAGAUGGUCAGUAGUCUGCCCUUCAUGCCGUGCACAAUUUCAUGGGCCACACAGUCUUAGAAACUCAGGUCUGGAUGCUCUACCUUCUCUCUGAAGGAUUUCAACUUCAGUGACGCGUCCUCUUAUGUGUCCCCAGCUCAUCUUAGGACAGAUGGGGUUUGAUGAUUUAGCCUGUUUCUCUCACUGUCAACAAAAUCUAACUUUAUGAUAGGUUUUACUUUGUCUCCAAAGCUUAAUAUUUGGAAUGUGCUUCAGAAAAUGUAUCACCAUGCACACAUUCUUUGCAGACUAUGUCCGUCUUUUUAUCUAGACAGUGUUGUGUUCAGUCGCCCAUGCACGGACAUUAGCUGCUGCAGACCUGCAGACGUCCAAUGCUGCUUUAUGUGGGCUGACAGUGAGUCGGAGAGUACUGAAGGGAGAGCCAGUGUAGCAGAGUGGAGCUGACUUGACCUAUUCCUUUAUCUUUACCUAGUGUGACAUACUCACCAUCCCAUCAAAGUAUAAAAGGUAAAAUUUAAAACUUAAGAGUUACGUUAAGAAUCGCUGAACUUUUAGAAUUCCAUGUUUGUGUAUCUGUCCCUGCCUUCUAUCCAUCAUUAAUUGUAAGAAAGGAAACUGAAAGAAAAAAAAA